AUGAACAAUGAGCAUGUUCUGGUCUGCGGCAGUCGCUUGCGGUUGGUGCCGUUCCUGGCGCAACACGUCCCACGCUACCACCAGUGGAUGUGUGACCCCGAACUGCUGCAAUUCACCGCGAGCGAGCCGCUCACACUGGAGGAGGAGUAUGAGAACCAGCGCGAAUGGCUAUGUGCAGAGGACAAGCUGACGUUCAUACUCCUCGCACCCCUUACUAUGAUUCUGGACAAGCAAACGAUUGAAGAGGUGUUGGCGGAUUCAUCUGAAAAAGAUGUGGACGAAAGCAUUUCCUUUCUAUGUGAUGACGGUGACGAUGAUGUCGGCGGGGAUAAGAUUGAUGAUGCGGAUGGUGUUGAACAAAAGGUCGACGAGGGAGAAGAGAAAUGCAGUGGCAGCCUUGCACUCCAAAGGGGGCACAUAUGCACACCGCGGUUAGCGCUAUGCCCGACGUCGUCGGGCAGCCCCUACAGUCCCGGCUCACUCCACCGCGAAGAGGAGCAUCGCAUCAACACGACGUACGUGAUGGUUGGCGACUGCAAUCUCUUUCGCCUCGGCAGCAGCGAGGCGGAGGGCGCAUCGUCGGAAGAGGGUCGCUGUUUUGAGGUGGAGGUGAUGAUCGCCGAUCGCGCGUUUCGGCGGCAUGGCAUCGGGGAAGAGGCAGUGCGGCUGCUGAUGAGCUACGCCAUGGACAGGUUGGGGGCCUCAUGCUUUAUUGCAAAAAUUAUAGCGACGAACACGCCCAGCAUUCAGCUGUUCACCACAAAACUCGGCUUCUGUGUGCUGAAGGAGGUGUCGGUGUUUAACGAGGUGCAUUACUGCAGGCGCUUCGAUGGCGCGGCGGAGAUGGGCGCCUGGAGGAGCGCCGCCAACUACAGAGUCGGCGUCUACGAUGACGCUGUCGAGCAGGAGAUGAUCGUCCUCCAUUCGCUGCCGAAUACAGAUGCCGCGUAA